CUUCUAGUAUUCAGAAACCCAUAAAAAAAAAAAAAAACCAAACAAACAAAAGAUGUGGACUCCGUUUGUAUUCUGUUAUGUGUUUAAGCGGAGAAUUUGAAGGAGUGACAUACCCUGCAUUCAUAGGUCAUAUUACCGAAUACAAACUAUUGUGUUUCUACUGUUCUUGUUUUAAUCAGAGGAUUUGGAAGAGCAUCUAUACCCACAUUCAUACGUCAUUACUAAAACAGCCAAGGGGCAUGGCAGUUCUUAUGGAAAUUGGUACUGCAAUUGUUACAAAGCUAGCUGAGUACACGGUUGGGCCAGUUAUACGCCAAGUGGGUUAUGUAAUCUGCUACAAAAACAACCUCGAAGAACUACAGACUCGAGUUCAUGAGUUGGGUGAUACCAGAGAAAGCGUGAAGCAUGCUGUUGACACAGAGGAAAGAAAAGGUAAAAAGGUUGAAACAAGAGUCCAGAACUGGAUGACUGAAGUAGUUCGGCUGACUAAGGAAGCAGAUGACGUGAUAGAUAAACACCUCGCACAGACUAAAGAAGCAGAUGACGUGAGAGAUAAACACCUCGCACAGACUAAGGAAGCAGAUGACGUGAGAGAUAAACACCUCGCACAGACCAAGUGUUUAAUCGGCUUUUGUCCUAAUCUAAAGCUUCGUCAUCAUCUGGGCAGGAAAUCAAAAAGAUUGGUUCUAGAGGUGGCAGAGCUUGAGAAGAAGCAGCCGAAUUUUGAUAAUAUUGCAUAUGUUGCUCCCCUAGAAGAGGUGUGUAUCCAAGAUUAUGAGGCAUUUGCCUCAAGGACUUCAACUGCGAAGGCUGUGAUCAACGAACUCAGAAAUCCUAAUACCCACAUGACUGGGGUGUACGGUAUUGGGGGUGUCGGAAAGACAACCCUUGUCAAAGAAGUUUAUCAUCAAUUAGCUGCAAGAAGUGACAAGCUGUUUGAAGAGGUAGUUAUGGUACUCGAUCUGAAACGGAAUCCCAGCAUCGAGCGAAUUCAGAAAGCAAUUGCUGAAAAGUUAGACCUCGAGCUUCCUGAAAGUGGGACCCCAGCUGGAAGAGCAAGAUUAAUAAGUAACAGGAUAAAAAACAAGAAGACUCUUGUGAUCCUAGAUGAUGUCUGGGAGAACAUUGAUUUGGUGGCUGUUGGCCUUCCUCGCAUGGCAACUCUCAAAAUUUUGUUGACUUCACGAAGCAAGCUAGUAUUAGCUUCAGACAUGGGUACACAAAAUGAGUUUCCUCUCAAAGUAUUGAACAAAGAAGAAACUUGGAGAUUAUUUAAGAAAAUGGCGGGUGAUAUUGUUGAAAAGCCGGACAUACAAACUAUAGCAGCCAAAGUGGCUGAGAAAUGUGGAGGUUUGCCGCUUUUGAUAGUGACUGUUGCAAGAUCUCUGAAAGAUAGUCCAUUACAUGACUGGAAAGAUACUUUCAGACGACUGAAGAAGUUUGAUGGAAAAGGACUGGAAGAUAAAACAUACUCUGCUAUAGAGUGGAGUUACGAUAAAUUGAAUAGUGAGGAGCUUAAGUCGGUAAUUUUGCUUUGCGCAAGUGAGGUUGGGAGUGCCAAUGAUGUUAAUAUCCUUGACUUGUUGAAAUACAGUAUGGGGCUGGGUUUCAUAAAGAAUGUAGAUACAAUGGAAGAAGCACGGGAUGCCUUGAAUUCACUGAUUAAGAAGCUUCAGUAUUCUUGUCUGUUGCUAGAUACAGAUGAUAAGCAAUGGGUCAGAAUCCAUGAUCUUGUCAAACAUGUUGCUCAACAUAUUGCUGCUAGAGAUCACCAUGUGUUAUCAGUAUCUUAUGGAAGUGAGUUGAAAGACUGGCCAGAUAAGGAAUUCUGCAAAAAGUGCACUAGGAUCUCUCUCAUGAAAUGCCAAACUCCCGAGCUACCUCAAGUUCUGCAAUGCCCAGAACUAACAAUGUUUCAUUUAAGCAGUGUUGAUGUUGACUCCCGUGAAAUCCCAAGCAACUUUUUUAAAGAGAUGAAUAAGCUCAAAGUGUUGGAUUUGACAAAACGGAGUAUAGCAUCACUACCUCCAUCUCUUAAAUGCCUCAAAGAUCUUCAGACAUUGUGCUUGGAUUCAUGCACGUUAGGAGACGUUGCUUUUGUUGGUGAGCUACAUAACUUGAAGAUGUUGAGCUUUUUAUAUUCCAAGUUCAAACAAUUACCGGAGGAAAUAGGAAAAUUAACUAGUCUACAAUUGUUGGAUUUGACCGGGUGCUCGCAACUCGAAGUAAUCUCACCUCAUGUUAUAUCCAAGUUGAUACGACUUGAAGAGUUGAGAAUGGGUAAACAUAGCUUUAACAUAUGGGAGGCUGGAAGAGUCGGCGAUGCUAAAAGAAGUAAUGCAAGCCUUGAAGAGCUAAUGUGUUUGCCCCGGCUAACUGCAUUACAAAUACAUGUCCCAGAUGCUAACAUUCUUCCAGCAGAUUUGUUCACCACUAGUAAGUUGGAGAGAUUCCAAAUAUGUAUUGGUUCUAUGUGGAAAUGGGAUGAUGUUGAUGAAGCUCUCAAUGCACUAAAGCUCAAUCUCACUACCAACAAAGAAUUGGACCCAGGUCUAAAAAUGUUGCUCGAAAGAACUCAAGACUUGUACGUGGAAGGGAUGGAAGGUGUUAACGAUAAGUUUUUCCAUGAGCUAGCCACAGGGGGUUAUCAGCAAUUGAAACAUCUACAUGUUCAAAACAAUGCUAAAUUUGCAUACACCGUUAAUACGAAGGUUGGUUUUCCUAACUUAACAUGGUUGGCGGUGAGUGAGGUCAACAGUUUAAGAUAUUUGUUAUCAUCUUCAAUGGCUAGAAGUUUAUCACAACUGAAACGUCUUCAGAUAUCCGGAUGUCAAAUCAUGGAAGUGAUCAUUUUAAUAGAAGAAUCUAGUCAAGAAAUUGCAGAGAACUUCUUUCCCCAACUACAAGAUUUGGAGCUAAAAGGGCUUCCAAACCUCACUAAAUUCUGCACAACAAGUUACGUUGACUUGCCAAAUCCAUCCUGUAAGAGAUUGCGAUUAGAUAGUUGUACUGAAAGUGGUGGAAUCUGUGAAGAAGUUGAAGAGAUUGACGCAGAAGGAAACCUUGAUAUUGUGAUACAACACUUUCUUUUUGAAAAUAAGGGUUCAUUCCCCAACUUGGAAGAUUUAGGCUUGGGCAUUAUGGAGAAUUGGGAUAGUCCGCCACUCCACUUGUUUAAGACACUAAAAUCUCUUUAUACUUACGCACACACCAACUCAACUUUAAAUUCCCUUGAGAAAUUACUUGGUCUUGAAAAAGUCAAUGGAGAAGAAAUACAUGCAGCUACGGAUGGGACCUUCCCAGUUUUAAGAGAGUUGCACCUUUGCGGGAUGCAGAAGGUGAUGAAUCUUGGGGAUGAUAGCUCCGGAUCAGCAGCUCCAUAUUUCCCCAUAGUGGAAAUUCUGGAGAUAGCGGACUGUGAAAGCUUAAAGAAUUUAAGAUCACCAGCAAUAUCCUUCAACAAUCUAACAACUCUGCAAUUUGAUGCAACUCACUACACUAGAAGUUUGUGA